AGUCGCCUAGUCGGUCGCAUGCUCCAUCAGAAUCCUACUCAGAGACCAAGCGCGGUUGAACUGCUUCGGUUCCUGGCAUUCACUUCGGAGUAUCCAUAUCUGAUUCCAUUCCGAGUCCAUGAUCCCACCUCGACCCAGAGAGCAAAAACUAGCGAAGAAGGGACACAAACCCAUCCUCUCCCUGUGGUGGCUCACGAUUGCAGUCCGCUCGGGGCCAGUCAUCGUUUGCUGGACCUUACUCUGUGGCGCAAUCAGGAACUGGAGCGUGAAAUAGCCGAAUUAAGACAAAGACUAACGGUUCAAGAAGCCGGUACCUCGAGCGGUGGUACAUCGAACAGUCCGAAUGGUUCAUCAUGA